ACUCAACCGCGUGGGACCCAAACACGUGUUAAUAGACUUCGAACGUCAAGUCAGCUCUUGGUUAUUUCAAGUCUUUUAAAAAUAUUGGUAGUAUUCAAGUAAUACAAACUGUUUGGUAAAAAUGAGUGAAAAUACAAGUUCCUCUUUCAUAACCAAACCAGGUUUUUGUCCUGAUUGUGGAUCAGUUCUUCCUUUGUUAAAAACUCACGGUGGAGUCACGUGUUGGGCUUGUAAACAGACUUGGGGACCUGAAGUGUUUGGAGAUAUGAAAUUGUCUUACUUGUUGGAAUUUAGUGAUGAGCAAACCUAUGCAUCAGCAUCACAAGUUAAAGAUAAUGGCGAUGAAGCCGAAGGACCAACUGUUGAUAAAAAAUGUCCAAAGUGUGGUAAUGAUAAAAUGUCAUAUGCUACUUUACAAUUGAGAUCAGCUGAUGAGGGACAAACUGUAUUUUAUACAUGCACAAAGUGCAAACACAAGGAAAGUGAAAACUCAUAAACAUCUGUCAGCAAUGAUUGUAAUUUGUACAUAUUUACAAUAAUUAGAUUUGUAUUUUUAUCACUAUUAUAAAGAAAUUUUGAU